AUGGGCGACUUUGCUGGUUUUCCACGUGACCAAAGGGCUGCCUGGAAUUCAUAUGAUAUGGCGCCGCAGAGUUCUCCAUCUUCCCACCGAAAGUCUUGGUCUGGGUAUUCCCAACCAUACGACUAUCGGCCCCUAAGUGACGGAUAUGAGGGGAUAUCGCACAAGCGCGAUCGUGAUUCUACUGAUGGAAGCCAGCACCAUCAAUCGGCGAUUAUUCGUCGUAAUCAUGAAUAUUCGCGGUUGGACACUGAAUCAUCACGCCGCACUCAUUCCGUUUCUUCGGAGAGCCGACGGGGCCAUAAAAAGGUAUCUCGGAAUGCUUAUCGGGAUCAAGAUGCAAUCGCCUCAAAUAUCCCAUAUGAUCAUUCCCAUCACACGAGCAGUCGCACUAUGUCAUCAGCGACUUUUAAGAACAGAGAGGCCUCCAAUGAGAGUGGACAUCGAGCCAACCAUAAAGAUAGGCAUCUGAUGCCAGUCCCACCAAAAGCUCCCAAGAUUCCAAGGCUCCCAACCCCUGAUUUUGACGACGUAGAGUAUAGUAAGUAUGAUAUGUCGGAUCAUCAAUUCUGCGCAUGCUGCGGUGAUGAUGGUAGUUCCGGAGCAGAGCAUCGGCGAGGAGAGUGCACUGCGGCAAAGAUGGAAAGACAGGGUAUGUCUCCUCGUUCCUUUGCUAGCUUAAUCGUCGGCUAUAUCCACAAAUACCUCGUCUAA